AAAACCUUAUAAAUACAGACUCUUCCAUUGCCAUAAAAUCACAGAAUCGAAAAUUCACACACACACAGAUAUAAUAUUACCAAACCCUUGUUUGAUUUCUUGAUUAAGAGCAAUGGCGUCUGUGACUCGUGUCAAAGAGGAAACGUCUCCGACAGUCAUGCACUCUGUCCAGAAAAUGAGUCUCCUGAAUAUCUCCGGCGAACAUUAUGAAGAAGAAGGAGAAGAAGAAAGGCCACCGGCGCCCAUUGUUGCCUCCUACAACGACAGAAUCCGGCCUCUCCUCGACACCGUGGACAGGCUGCGCCACCUUAAGAUCAUGCAAGAAGGCAUCCAACUCCCCACCAUUGUGGUGGUGGGCGACCAGUCCUCCGGCAAAUCCAGUGUUCUUGAGUCUCUGGCAGGCAUCAGUCUGCCCAGGGGACAGGGUAUUUGCACCAGGGUACCUCUCAUAAUGAGGCUGCAGAAUCAUUCAAACCCUGUCCCGGAGCUUUUCUUGGAGUUCAACGGGAAGAUUGUGCCAACUGAUGAAAAACACAUCGCCGACGCCAUUAACCUUGCCACCGAAGAGAUCGCCGGAACGGGGAAAGGGAUUUCGAACAACCCCUUGACGCUGGUUGUGAAAAAGAUGGCCGUCCCUGAUCUUACCAUGGUUGAUUUGCCUGGAAUCACUCGAGUUCCUGUUCAUGGCCAGCCUGAGGAUAUCUAUGAGCAGAUUUCCAAGAUUAUCAUGGAGUUUAUUACGCCGGAAGAAAGUAUAAUCCUGAAUGUUUUAUCAGCAAGUGUCGAUUUCUCGACAUGUGAGUCCAUCAGGAUGUCACAGCGGGUGGACAAGUCUGGCCAGAGGACUCUCGCUGUUGUAACUAAAGCUGACAAAUCUCCGGAAGGCCUGCUGGAGAAAGUCACCGCCGACGAUGUGAACAUCGGCCUCGGCUACGUCUGCGUUAGGAACCGCAUCGGGGACGAGACGUACGAAGAAGCUCGGGAGGAAGAGGCUAAGCUUUUCGAGACUAAUCCUCAGCUUUCAAAGAUUAACAAAUCCAUGGUUGGGAUUCCUGUUUUGGCUGAAAAGCUGGUGAAGAUUCAGGCCACCAUUAUCGUUAAAUGUCUGCCUGAAAUUGUUAGCAAAAUCAACAACAAGCUCUCAGCCAACAUUGAAGAUCUGAACAAAUUGCCGAAGCAUCUGAACUCAGUUGCUGAAGCGAUGACAACAUUCAUGCACAUCCUUGGUUCUGCUAAAGAAUCCUUGAGGAAGAUCAUUCUGCAAGGAGAGUUCGACGAGUACCCGGAUUCCAAAGAGAUGCAUUGCACUGCUAGACUGGCGGAAAUGCUCAAUCAAUACUCUACGGAUCUGCAAUCUAAAAAGUAUGUCGACAAUGAUCCAAGAAAGAACUUCUUGCUCGAUGAGAUGAAGGUUUUGGAGGAAACUAAGUCAAUCGGGCUGCCACAUUUCCUCCCUAGAGCUGCUUUUCUCAGUCUGCUCCAGCAGAAGGUGGCGGAUGUAUCAAUGAUACCCUUUCAGUUCGUCGACAAGAUAUGGAGCUACUUAGAGGAUGUAGUCGUCUCCGUCUUGCUACAACACUGCGAUAGCUACCCGCAACUCCUGUCGUGUACAAGAAGAGCUGUGAAAAACCUCAUAGACAAGAAGCAUCAGCAAUCGAUUGAGUGGGUGAAGGACAUGGUCGAGAUGGAGAAGCUCACUGAUUACACCUGCAAUCCCGAGUACAUGGCUUCUUGCAACAAGCUCAUGUCUCGUCAGGAAGAAUUUCUUAAAAUUGUGAAUGGAUUAGGGACAUCUUGGAACAUACAGAUUGAUGGAUUCGGAUUAAUUAACGUUGGUCAUCUGCACGGCAAGGGCAGUGUGGUUGAUGCUUUCGAUGUGAAGAUGAGGAUGACGGCUUAUUGGGAUAUUGUCCUGAGGAGAAUGGUGGAUAACAUGGCUUUGCACUUGACUUUCAGUAUUCAGAAUCUGGUGAAGAAAGAGAUGCAGACAGAUAUCAUCGACGAGCUAAUCGGGCCUCAGGGCAAUACCCUGGAGAGGAUGCUGGAGGAGUCUCCUUCUGUUGCUGAAAAGCGGAAGAAGCUGGAGAAAAGCAUCAAGUUGCUCAAGGAGUCCAAGAACGCUGUUGCCAACAUCAUGGACAGGGUUGUCGACAAUUUCGAUUGAGCCUGGAGAUGUUGGAGUCAGGCUGAUUUCCCUGUCUUGUGAUCCUUAAUCUGUGCUAUGUUUUCAAUUUCUGCAAUAUCUAAACUUAAUUAAUUCCUCGUACUCUGUUGUUCUCGAGCAAAAUGGUGUGAUUGUCGGUUUUAUUGAACUAUACAUCAAUCAUACGACAAAUAUAUUACACUUGUUAUUACA